CCCCAUUUUAAGUCCUCCCCUUCUCUUUUCCUCUGUUACCCACAUUUUCAUUUUGGUUCUUUGUGUUCUUCAUCCAAUUUCAUUCCUCCCCUGGACUUCAAUUCAAUUUCUGGAUAUUAUACCACAGCUCCGUCCUGAACUGGAUUCUUUGAGUUACUUUCGUGUAAUAUAACAAAAGAUAGAGCGAUUUCCCAAAUGCUCAGUUUGAGUAGGUCGAGAAAUCAAUCGAGGUUCGGUAGAUCGGUGUCAUUUGGAGGUAUGGAUUAUCCGGAUCCCAAAAGGAAGAGCAAUUUUGUAGGAAAGAUCAUUUUGGCUGCUUCACUUACAGCUAUUAGUAUUAUUAUGCUCAAGCAAUCCCCAAAUUUUAGCACCCCGACCCCGUUUGCAAUUCAUCAACCAGGAGUCACUCAUGUCCUAGUAACAGGAGGUGCUGGAUAUAUCGGUUCGCACGCUGCUCUUCGGCUAUUAAAGGACUCUUACCGUGUAACAAUAGUGGACAACUUAUCACGAGGAAAUCUAGGUGCUGUAAAGGUUUUGCAAGAAUUGUUUCCUGAUUAUGGAAGGCUUCAGUUCAUCUAUGCCGACUUAGGAGAUGCAAAAUCUGUCAAUAAAAUAUUUUCAGAGAAUGCUUUUGAUGCUGUCAUGCAUUUUGCAGCAGUUGCAUAUGUUGGGGAAAGCACCCUGGAUCCUCUGAAGUAUUAUCACAAUAUUACUUCAAAUACCUUGACAGUAUUAGAAUCAAUGGCAGCACAUGGUGUGAAGACAUUGAUAUAUUCUAGUACAUGUGCCACAUACGGAGAGCCAGAAAAAAUGCCCAUCACUGAAGAAACUCCACAGGCCCCAAUUAAUCCUUAUGGGAAGGCCAAGAAGAUGGCAGAAGAAAUCAUCCUUGACUUUUCAAAAAAUUCAAAGAUAGCAGUCAUGAUCUUAAGAUACUUCAAUGUCAUUGGUUCCGAUCCAGAGGGAAGACUUGGGGAAGCUCCUACACCUGAGCUUCGGGAGCACGGACGUAUAUCGGGUGCUUGUUUCGAUGCUGCCCGUGGCAUUAUUUCCGGGAUUAAGGUCAAAGGAACCGACUACAAAACACACGAUGGAACAUGCAUACGCGAUUAUAUCGACGUCACUGAUCUCGUGGAUGCUCAUGUAAAAGCUCUAGAGAAAGCAACCCCUGGGAGAGUUGGAAUCUACAACGUUGGGACAGGGAAAGGCCGAUCCGUGAAGGAGUUCGUUGAGGCGUGCAGGAAGGCAACUGGGGUCGACAUCAAAGUCGAGUAUCUCCCUCGUCGACCAGGUGACUAUGCCGAAGUAUUCAGCAACCCGACUAAGAGCAAGAACGAACUGAACUGGACAGCGCAACACACCGAUCUUCAAGAAAGUUUACGGGUAGCGUGGAGAUGGCAAAAGUCGCAUCGCAAUGGCUAUGGGAACGCUUUGGUUAUGUCUUCUUGAAGCACAUUGGUACUGACUUGUGAGGAUUAGUUCAUUUUGGUCACAUAGAAGUAGGAGAAUACCAUUACUACUAAUAUUGUUUGUACCAUUUUUUGUCAUGUAUUGGAUAGAUUGGUUAUUGAUAUGAA